AUUGUAGCAAAAAUACAAGGGCCACACCUUAUCUUUCAUAUUCUGGAAAUCAAAUUACCAAAAUGUGUGCUUCAUCAUCAUUAAUCUCAAUUUCCAUAACCAAAUCUUGGACCUCGCAUUCUUCAUUUUGCAGCUCCAAAUCCCUUCACUUCCUAACACCCUUUUCCAUAAAUCCAAUUCCCAAAACCCACAAAUUAUCUUUCACUUUCAAACCCAAACUCAAUUUUUCCCCAAUCCUUGUUCAUUCCUCAAUCCAAGCACCCAGUUGCUCUCAGUCCCAUGAUUCGAGUCAAGUUGAUGAAACCCCGAAAUCAGAGCCACUAACAAUUGAAGAUGAAUUAGUAGAUACACAAGAAGAAGACGAUGAUGAUUUUGAUGAUGAUGAAGAAGCAGCCCAGACGGAAUCCCCGGAAGCCGGGAGGUUGUACAUCGGAAACUUGCCGUAUGCGAUAACUGCUUCUGAAUUGUCACAAGUGUUUGGUGAAGCUGGCAUUGUUAAUUCUGUUGAGAUUGUUUAUGAUAGAGUUACAGACAGGAGCAGGGGUUUUGCGUUUAUUACAAUGGCAAGUGUUCAGGAAGCUAAAGAAGCCAUUAGAAUGUUUAAUGGAUCUCAAAUUGGUGGCAGAACUGUCAAGGUAAACUUCCCAGAGGUGCCAAGAGGAGGUGAGAGGGAAGUGAUGGGUCCUAAGAUUAGAAGCAGUAACAGAGAGUUUAUUGAAAGCCCUUAUAAGAUAUAUGCGGGUAAUCUUAGCUGGAUAAUAACUUCAGAGAGGCUCAAGGACGCUUUUGCAGACCAGCCUGGUCUAUUGAGCGCAAAGGUCAUCUAUGAGAAACACUCGGGCAGGUCUAGGGGUUUUGGAUUUGUCACUUUUAAUUCCUCUGAGGCGGCAGAGUCUGCACUUGAUGCCAUGAAUGAAGUGGAGGUUGAGGGUCGCCCUCUGCGACUGAACUUGGCAGCAGGAAAAACAGAUACAUCUCGACCACCAAGAUCAGGAAGAAGUUCUGAGGUCAAUGUUGACGAGAGUGAGAUCCUUUCAAGCAUUAGCUCCUAAUUAGGCUAGAAGCUCUAGUUAGAAUUUUUUUUAUAUAUACAUAAAUGAGAACAAGCUUUGUGAAACCGGCUAUAUGAAUGUAUUUGGUAAUGUAUUUGAUAUGAUCCCA